AGGCAGCGACCGUGAGACAGUUCGUCCCCGCUACGGCUGACAGAACCUGACCGCUCCCGGCUGCAGGGCGUCCCCUCAGGUCUCGUGUUCUAAGCCGUGUGAGGGAAGGGCGUGGGUGGCCUCUGAUCUGACACGGUGGAGGAAGGAAGAGGCGACACCUUCGACGAUAUGAACACCGACCGCCUUAAACUGGAGUUACUGGAAGAAAGGCACCUGAAGGAUACAGUGCAACGCUCAGUGCUUGAAAUAAGACACAAGAUAGCGGAACUGGAAGCCAAACUCAAUACUGACGAUGAAGGUGGUGAAUGGAAAACCCGUUAUGAGACACAACUUGAAUUGAAUGACCAACUAGAAAAGCAGAUUGUUUCUCUCAAAGAGAAAAUGGAAAAAAUCUGUGGAAAUCCUUCAGACAGACUGUCUUCUAUUCGUGUCUAUGAAUGGAUGCCAGUGGAAGCCUUAAAUACAUUGCUUAAACAACUAGAGAAAGAAAAAAGGAGUCUUGAAAAUCAAGUAAAAGAUGCACUGAGACUGGAACAAGAGUUAAAGGGUUACCACAAGACCAGCCGUGAGCGCUGUACAUACCUUGCCGAAAGGUCUCAGGGGAAGAUGUAAUUCAGUUAAUCAGAAGACAAUGAAUGCCAUGAGAGGACCAGUAAAAAAGAUUUCAAGAUCAAACCAUCUUCCAAAACUCAAUCUGUGAUUCCAGAACUGUGUGGUUUACUAUUUCUUCC